AUGGUUCCAAAGACCCAGAAAGCUCUUCUCGUCACCGAGGUCGGCAAGCCUCUUGUCCUACAGACAGAUCGCCCCGUCGCCGAACCGGGCCCAGGCCAGGUCCUCAUCCGCGUCACCGUUGCCGGGCCAAACCCACACGACCAGAAAGCCCGUGACUUUGGCCUCUUCAUCGCUCAGUCCCUGCCGGCCAUCCUCACGAACGACGUGGUGGGCGAAGUCGUCGCCCUCGGCCCGGAUGUGACCAAAUACGCCGUCGGCGACCACAUUGUAUCACAAGCUGGGUUCUCCGGAACUUAUGCCCAGAACGGUUUCCAGGAGUAUGCGAUUGCCGACGUCUUCGCCUCGGCGAAGAUCCCCGAGGGUUUUACCGACGACGACGGCGCCACGCUGCCCACGAACAUAAUUGCCCCCGUUGUCGCGUUGUUCGAUGCUUCGACGCUGGCCAUCCCUGCUCCGUGGUCCGACGCCGCGUCGAGCUUCGACUACAAGGGCACCACGCUGCUGAUCGUUGGUGGAGGCAGCAACUGCGGCAGGUACGGUGUCCAGCUAGCCGCUCUGGCCGGGAUCGGACGCAUCAUCGUGGUCGGCGGCGACGAGGCGGAGUUGAAAUCCUACGGUGCCACCGACGUCAUUGACCGCCACGCCUCGCCAGAUGAACUCACCCAGAGAAUCCGAGAUCUCGUCGGCGACGAGCUGGUGUACGCUUACGACGCCGUCAACCCUCCCAAGACUCAGGUCAUCGCGAUCAACGCCCUCUCGUCAACCAAAAAGGGCAAAGUCGCCCGCUUGUUGCCCACCGGCCCGAUCGACGAGUCUCUCGUCCACGCGAAAAAGGCAGGCUACGAGUUACUCAACACCUUUGGCAGUACCCACGCCAAGCUCGAAACGUGCAAGCCCUUCUGGGAACUCCUGCCACAGUACUUGCUGGAGGGCAAGGUGAAGCCGAAUCAGUACGAGGUGGUGAAGGGGCUCGAUGCAGACAAGGUGAAUGAAGUCCUGGAUCGGUAUCGGGACGGGAAGAAGGUGACGAAGACGCAUUUCCAUGUGUCUGAGUGA